UAGCAGAGUAGCAGGUGCUUACGCUCCAUCCUACUCUUUAAGUCAUAUUUUAACUCUUAAGAGUUGAGAGCAUCAAUGGCGGCUUCCCUUCGUACAAUCUCAUUUCAAAGCACUGUAAGGCCGAACAAGGCGAAACACUCUACUGCAGCUUGUUUGUCUUCAAAGGCUGCAAGACAACGGAAUCUUCAUUUCUCUGUAGAUAUCAAAGAGGUCAUUGGUUCAGAGUCCAAAUUCUUAUUCUCUCCAGGUCUUGGGAGACGCAGCAUUACUCCUUCUGCAAUAUCCGGUUCUCCUGGAACUGCAUCGUCUAUGGUGAGUGAAGAUACGACAAGUCUGUUGGAUAGCGUGGAAGUGCUUGAUUUGAAUGGAAAAGCGAUUCCAAUAUCUGAUUUGUGGAAAGAUAGGAAAGCGGUAGUUGCAUUUGCUCGCCAUUUUGGCUGUGUCCUCUGUCGCAGGCGCGCUGAUUUCCUUGCUUCUAAGAAGGAUAGGAUGGAUGCAUCUGGUGUGGCUCUUGUUUUAAUUGGACCAGGUAGCGUUGAUCAGGCAAAAGCAUUUUCCAGUCAGACACAAUUCCAAGGAGAAGUGUAUGCAGAUCCUAGCCACUCAUCAUAUAAGGCUUUGAGUUUUGUUUCUGGUGUUUCAACCACAUUUACUCCAGGGGCGGGCUUGAAGAUAAUACAGUCAUACAUGGAAGGAUAUAGACAAGAUUGGGGGCUUUCCUUCGAAAAGGACACCAGGACCAGAGGCGGCUGGCAGCAGGGAGGAAUAAUUGUUGCAGGUCCUGGUAAAAGUAACAUCUCAUACAUCCACAAGGACAAAGAAGCAGGAGAUGAUCCAGAUAUUGAAGAUAUUUUGAAAGCUUGUUGCUUAUAGUGCAUCACAUAGCUAUGCCUUCAAUUUAGUAGCUAAAAACUGCUCUAAAAUAUGAUUUGUGUCCUCACUAGUAAAUUGCAACCCUGUUGUAUCCAAUAGGCUAUCCAAUGUGUUUACUUUGUUAUGCAAUGGAGUACAUUGUAUGUCAUUUGUAUAUAAGCUUAGAUCUUCCUUUCA